AUGAAACGAGGAACGGCACCGGGACGGGACAAGAUAACCGUGAAACUGCUUGCCAAUCUUCCCGACCCCACCUACGACACCCUCUUCGCUUUCAUCAACUCGAUCUGGCUUGGCGAGGCACCCCUCCCAAUCGAAUGGAAGAUCGCUCUGGUAACUUUUAUUCCAAAAGCCGGCAAAGCCAUAAACACAGACAACAUCUGCCCCAUCUCCGUCACGUCUUGUGUGGGAAAGCUGAUGGCGACCAUGGUGCGGGACAGGCUGUCUGGGUUUCUGGAAAACCAAAAUGCAUUCUCAGACACCAUGUUUGGUUUCCGCCCGCAUCGGUCCACGCAGGAUGUUCUGCUUCAACUCAACCGAGAAAAUCUCAACCCUGUCGAAUACCCCCUCAACGAUAAGGCAAUACUCGCCCUAGACUUGAAGGGGGAUUUCGAGAAUGUCACACACGAAAUUAUCCUGCAACUACUCUCCCAGACCAACUGUUGA